AUGAAAUCAUGCCAAUUAUAUAACGAAUCUGUUCCUGGUGCAGUUAAAAAAGUUUAUUCCAAUUCAAACAGAUAUAUAUUUGAGUAUCCAUGUGAAUCUAACCAUAUUUGCACAGAUUAUCAAAUCCUACUUUCACGUGGCAAAUAUAUAUUUCAAUUAUAUGGAGCAUCAGGUGGCUCUCCAAAUAAUAAAUCGUCUUCAUAUAGAUUCGAUAAUAACUCUUGUAUCGACGAUUCUAUUGUGCGGCGCUACAGUGGCAAUACUAAUUGUGAAAGAACUCCAAACAAUGGUGGUGCAGGAGGUUAUAUAUCAGGCACUAUUAUUCUCCAUUCUGACACCUUCACUUUUUUGACCAUAGGAGGUAAAGGAAUUUUUGGAUACAAAUUCCAAGAAAGAUCAACAAAUAGAUGCUUUAACGAAUAUCGAAACAGAGGAGGUUAUGGUGGCGGAGGGAGCUCUGAAAAUUGGUAUAGCAAUGAUAAUCAAUAUAUAGGAACAGACAGCGGCGGUGGUCAAACCGCUGUCAAAUUUUUGAAAAAUAAUUUAUGGCAUCGAGUUUUAGUUAGCGGUGGUGGAGGGGGAACAGAUGAUGAUUGUGGCCAAUAUGGCAUGAGUGAAGAUGGUUCAGGAGGAGCAGGAGGAAACCUCGCUGCACAAAGCUGGUUUUUGGAGGGAACUCUGAAACAUGAAUAUUUUGCAAAUUCUACAAAUGGAUUUACUUUCGGAACAGGAGAAGCGGCACGAUUUGGUCCUAAUAAGAAUCCAAAAUCAGUUCCAAAUGGAGAAAAAAUGAUAACGUAG